AUGACUGAUCUCUUUUUCUGUUUACAGUUCACACAUCCAUGCCGCGUAGCAACAAUAGUUUUGCCGCUUUUACAUUUAAACUUCAUUCUUGUUCGUUGGAUCGGUGAAGUGAUCCUGAUCAUUUACAUAUUCACACGCCACAAUUUGCUUUUGUCGUACAACAACAAAAAAAUAGGUGGCCCCGGGAUCGUAUUACACGCUACCGGAUCUGUGACUGGAGCCCCAGGUUUUCCCAAUUCAACGCCUCUUCUGCCCAAUUUACCCACUGUGGGUAACGCUCCGGGAUUGGGUGGAACCGCAACUCUGAACUUCUUGCAGCCCCAUCAGUCAUUUGCCACAACAUUACUACCCCAAUCUACUCAUGGCACGGAUUAUCUACUGGAUUUGGGUUUAUCACAAACCGCAUUUCCACCCAAUAGCAAUUCAAUCACCCUGUUCAAUCCGGUCGAGUCGAUUGGGGCUGCCCCGCUUUCGCAUACUAUCUAUCCGACCGUAAUACAACAACCUUCUGGUCCCGGUUCACAAUCGCAGUCCUUAUUCUCCACCUCUUGCGGUUUGAACACGCCUAUCUCGACCCCCUUGUUCGUCUCACCAUCAUCCUAUCGGCCGUCUAUGGGCGGAGUGACCAAUUUGGUCAGUUCGACCACUCCACAGAUGGCCACCUCACUCGUUUCCGGCCCGGGACCGUUCGCACAGCCAUCGCCAUGCCUUUCGUCCCUGAACGCAUCAACUGCGCCCGGUGGAUUUCUCUUCCAAACCACACAUUCUCAUCCACCAUCACAGUCGCUGGUUACCCCCUGUGGAUCUUUGCUUCAAUCCCCUCAGGUGAGUGUCCAGUUCUAUCCAUAG